UUCAGAAUGACAACGGUAACAGUGACCACAGAAGUUCCCCCAAGGGGUAAGACAGAAGAUCAUUCUGCCUCAUAUGAGUCCACAUCAGCUCACAUUAUUGAAGAAACCGAGUAUGUGAAAAUGAUUCGAACAACUCUGGAAAAGAUCCGAAAUCAAAUGUUUAAAGAUGAAACAGGACAUAAUAGUACAAAGUACAAACUAGAUGCAAAGCACUGUGGAACCGUUCGAAAUGGCUGUGAGUCUGAAAUGGAUCCCUCCUGUUGCAGUCUGCAUCUGCUCAUGGAAAGAAUGAAAGGAAAGGACCUGCAGCUCUUAGAAAUGAACAAAGAGAAUGAAGUAUUGAAGAUCAAGCUGGAAGCCUCCAGAGAAGCAGGGGCAGCGGCUCUGAGAAACGCAGCCCAGAGAGUACUUGAAAUCUAUCAAACGCAGUCUGAAGAUGUUAGAAAGAAGCACGAGGACAAGAAACACUUUCUCCAGGUAAACAAACUUGAAAAAGAACAGAAAUUGAAAGAACAGCUUGAAAAUCUGAAUGAAGUUGCUGAAAAACUUGAACAAAAACAUAAUCAAAUUACAGCUUUGGAGAACCUUGUACAGAGAAUGGAAAAGGAAAAGAGAACACUGCUAGAAAAGAAACUAUCUUUGGAAAACAAGCUGCUGCAACUCAAAUCCAGCGCUACCUGUGCUAAAAGUUGCCAGGAUCUUCAGAUGCAGAUAUCCCUUCUCCAGGAGCAGAUCUCUCAUCUGCAGUGUGUGAUUCACUCCCAACAUCAGAACCUUCGCAGUGUCAUCCAAGAGAUGGAAGGAUUAAAAAAUAAUUUAAAAGAACAAGAUAAAAGAAUUGAAAAUCUGAAAGAAAAAGUUAAUAUACUUGAAGCUCAGAAUAAAGAACUGAAAACCAAGGUGGCGCUUUGGUCUGAAAGUCCUAGGACAACUGUGUCUAGAGCCGUCUCUACAAGUGAGUUGCAGACUGAAGGCGCGACCCCCUAUCUGAUGUUGAUUAGGCUACGGAAGUGAGCUGGCUGGCUGAAGAGCUGAAUGAGAAAGGUCACUAUGUGGGUCUUAUUUAUUCCUUGGAACACAAUCUAAUCUUACAUGUUAAAAUAACUCAAUGCCAGUGUUUGGUGGAAUAUUUUUAUAUAGCAAUAGCUUUGCAGGAAAACGAUACUCCAGAAAAUCAAACAAAUAUAUUCUCAAGGGAAGGAAACUCUUCUAAACUUACUAAAUGAGAGAAGGCACCGGGUGCUUUCCCAUGAUGGAAGAUGAAUUCUGCUUUAAAGUUAAAAAAAAAAAUCUGAAUCUU